CGUGGGCAGGGGCCACCGGUGGGGGUGACCGGGGCUCGCCGGGUGCGGGGAAGCCCCGACUAAGGCCCAGCCUGCCGACCGCUGCGCCGGGCCACGGGGCGUGCGGAGAGGCCGGCGCCGGGCCUGCCGCGGGCGGGACCCCCGGGUGCGCCGCCUCCGUUCCGCGCUUCAGCCGGCCCCGGGCCGGAGGUGGGACCAGCCGGUGCCAGCAGGAAUCGCCGGCGAGCCGGGGCCUUCCCGGGGUGCGCCAGCCCGCAGGGCGGCACACCGGGACGGGGUCCUGCUGCAUCCCCUGCCCUGCCGGGCCUGGAGGAGCUCCUGUCUCUCAUACUGAAUUCCCAGAAAAGGAUGGAGAAUAUUCUGGCUGGUUUGUGUGGAACCAGCCCAGAAGAUCCACUCCCUGUGUGGGUUCAUGGCAGUGUUAGCCACUGCUUUGAUCAGCUGGCAUUAAAUGUGAUUCCUCAUGUGAUCCUUGCAGCGGUCAGUGCCUGCUUCCUUGGCGCUCCAAGAUCUGUCUCUGGGGUGCCUUGCAGGCCAGGCUGGGGAUGCAGAAUCAUCGCCUCCUUUGUACUUGCUGGCCUAUUCCUUGCUGAUACCAUCCCAGCCACCGUUUCUCAGCAGGAGCUGGGCCCUGUGUACCUGGAAGUGUUGGCAAAUGGCACUGCCACCCUGACAUGGCUCACACAUGGCCUCGCACUUCUCAUGCUCUGCAGGUCCAUUCACGGCUCUACCAGGGGCCCUGCAGUCCUGACUCUGCUCACUCUCUUACCCCUACCUUCCUUCAUCAUCACACUGGUGUGGUACUGCCAAAGUGGGACAGCUUGGUCCCCUGCCCACCCUGCUGCCUCCUCCAGGUUUGCCAUUCUGUGUCUGCAGCUGGCCUCUCUGCUUGUGUAUGUGAUCGGCUACCUCUUCCCCACUGCUGGCAGGCAAGACUUCCUCUCCAUCAAUCGCUCCUGGCAACAAGACCUGCUUGUCCCAGAGUCAAGGUUCCCAGAGCCUGAUCAGCAGAGAGUGGCAGAAGAUGGUGAGAGCUGGCUCUCUCACUUCUUUUAUGUUUGGAUGAACCCUCUUAUGAAAUGUGGUUAUCAGUGGAAGCUGAACCAGCCCCAGGACGUCUAUGUGCUUCCUCGCCUACUCCAGACUGCCAGGGUCUGUGAUCGUUUCUACUCUUGCUGGCAGAAGAAGGCAGCUCUGCACCAAGUAGAGGAGGAGCCAGUGUCUCUUACUAGCCCAAUCAUUGCUGGAGAUGAUGGGACUGGCAAUGCCCUGGACAGCUCACACCGUGCCCAGGAAGCUGUGCGACUCUUCUCAGUCCUUCAUGCGGCCUUUGGGCUUCAUUUCUACUCCCUUGGACUUCUCAAGUUGGCUGGCAACCUGCUGGAUUUUUCAGGUCCUUUGCUUCUGAACCUGCUGGUGAACUUUAUGGAGUCACGGCAGGAGCCUCUGAGCCACGGGGUGCUCUAUGCCCUCGGGCUCUUUGCUGGCUCCUUCCUGGGAGCUCUCUUGCGGAACCAGUUCAGCUAUGAGGUGAAUAAGGUGAUGCUGAUGGUGCGGGCUGCUGUCAUCUCUGCCAUCUACCGCAAGGCUCUGCGCGUCAGCAGCACCAGCCUUACCCGCUUCACUGUGGGGGAAAUCGUCAACUUCAUGAGCACAGACACCAGUAGACUGAUCAACUUCUGCCAAAGCUUCCACGAGGUGUGGAGCCUGCCUUUCCAGUUUUCCAUUACUCUCUACCUCCUCUAUCAGCAAGUGGGGGUAGCCUUUCUAGGAGGCUUGGCCCUGGCACUGCUGCUUGUGCCCAUCAACAAGAUCAUAGCUAACUGCAUCAUGAUGAACAACAAGGAGAUGCUGAAACACAAGGACAUACGGGUCAAGCUAAUGACAGAGUUCCUGUGUGGCAUUCGUGUGAUCAAGUUUUAUGCUUGGGAGAAGCACUUCAGCACCAGGAUAAAUGCUUGCCGGGCUAAAGAGCUGCAGAUGUUACAAGCUAUCAAGUACCUGGAUGCUGUGUGUGUGUAUCUUUGGGCAGCACUGCCUGUUGUUGUCUCCAUUGCCAUCUUCAUCACGUAUGUCCUGUUGGGUCACCAGCUCACUGCCACAAAGGUGUUCACAGCAUUGGCCCUUGUCGGGAUGCUUAUUCUCCCCCUCAACAACUUCCCGUGGGUGUUGAAUGGGACCUUGGAAGCCAAAGUUUCCCUGGAUCGAAUCCAGCGUUUCCUUGAACUUGUGGACCAGGACCUGGACACUUAUUAUGCCCUAGAUAGCCCUUCAGGUACUGCUACUGCCAUGGAGAUGCGAUGUGCAGUCUUCUCGUGGGUGCCAGUUGAGGAGGAAAGCACCAGGCAUCCCUUAUCCACAGGCACUCUGCACCUGCACAUUGAGAACCUGUCAGUGAGAAAGGGGAUGCUCCUAGGGGUUGUUGGGAAGGUUGGCUCUGGCAAAAGCUCUCUGCUUGCAGCCAUCACUGGAGAACUCAUCAAACAAGGUGGACAAGUGUAUAUUUGUGACCUGGAGCAAGGAUUUGGUCUGGCCACUCAGGAGCCUUGGAUACAGUUUACCACUGUCCGUGAGAACAUCCUUUUUGGGCGGGAAUAUGAUGCCAGGCUGUAUGAGGAGGUGGUGGAAGCCUGUGCCCUCUCUGAGGACUUGAACAUUUUACCAGCAGGUGACCAGACACAGGUGGGUGAAAAUGGUGUGACACUCAGUGGAGGACAGAAGGCUCGAAUAGCCCUUGCCAGAGCCGUUUACCAGGAGAAAGAGCUUUACCUCCUUGAUGAUCCCCUGGCUGCUGUAGAUGCAGACGUAGCCAACCAUCUUAUGCGGAAAUGCAUUCUUGGAGUUCUCAAACACAAGACCAGGAUCCUUUGCACCCACAGGACGGAGUUUUUGGAGAAAGCCGAUGCCUUGUUGUUGAUAGACAAUGGCAGGAUAGUUAAGACAGGCACACCAGCUGAUAUCCUGCCACUCGUGGAAGCCUUCCCCAAGUUCAAGGAUAUGGACAAGAGGCGGAAGGAUGAAGCCCCUGAUGAACAGAGCCAAGAAGAGGCUGUAGAGACAGAGGCAGAAGAAUCAACCCAAAACAAUCAUCUUGUCCACAAGGAGGAAGAGAAGAAAGAAGGGGCAGUGGCUUUUCAGGUGUACAAGGCAUAUUGGCUGGCAGUGGGCAGCUGCAUGGCAUUAUCCAUCCUCUUCUCGCUGCUCCUGAUGCAAGCAUCCAGAAAUAUCUCAGAUUGGUGGCUGUCACACUGGAUCUCCAGCAUGUCCCAGGCAGCAAAUUCCUCUGUGAUGGUCUGCGCAGCUUCCUCAACUUCCCCAGAGCUUCUCUUCUCCGUUGUUGGGCUUGUCUCCCCCAUUCAAGCUCUGGACAUCACCCCAGUCCCUUCCAAUGCCUCAAUGGAUGUGAAUUUCUACCUGAUAGUUUAUGGGAGCAUUGCAGGGGCCAACUCCCUCUUCACCAUUCUUCGGGCCUUUCUCUUUGCUUAUGGUACUAUCCGUGCUGCCGCUGUCAUUCACAACCGACUGCUCCAGAGAGCUCUAAAGGCCACAGUCACCUUCUUUGACACCACACCAACGGGCCGGAUCCUGAACCGCUUCUCCUCAGACCUGUACUGCGUGGAUGACAGCCUACCAUUUAUCCUCAACAUCUUCCUUGCCAACAUGUACGGGCUCUUGGGCAUGCUGGUGAUAAUCACCUAUGGCCUCCCUUGGAUUGGUCUGGUCUUACUCCCGCUGGCUGCCCUCUACUUCUCCAUCCAACGCUACUACCGGCGCACAUCCCGGGAGCUCAAGCGCCUUUACAGUGUCACCCUGUCUCCCAUUUACACUCACUUUUCAGAGACCCUCUCAGGACUGAGUAGCAUCAGAGCCAUGCGGGCAACCCGGAGGUUUGAGUUGGAGAAUGAGCUGCGCCUGGAGCAGAACCAGCGCUGCCUCUUUGCCAGCAACACAGCGAUGCAGUGGCUGGACAUCCGCUUGCAGAUGAUUGGGGUUGCUGUGGUUACUGCUAUUGCAGGAAUUGCCAUCAUCCAGCACCAGAAGCAACUGGGAAACCCAGGACUUGUGGGUCUGUCACUCUCAUAUGCCUUGUCUGUCACAAACCUGCUCUCAGGCCUCAUUUCCAGCUUCACUCUGACAGAGACCAUGAUGGUGAGUGUGGAGCGGACAGAGGAGUACACCACAGACAUCCCCAUGGAGCCCCAGGAUAAACUGCUCCAGGUUGCUGCUGACUGGCCAAGCCAGGGGCUUUUGGAGUUCCAGAAAGUGGUCCUGGCCUACCGAGAGGGCUUGCCUAAUGCGCUUGAUGGUGUGAGCUUCACCAUUUACCCCAGAGAGAAGGUGGGGAUUGUGGGUCGCACAGGAUCUGGAAAAUCCACCCUUUUCUUGGCCCUUUUCCGUAUGCUGGAGCUGAAAUCAGGACGGAUUCUCCUGGAUGGUGUUGACAGCAAGCUGGUGGGCUUGGAGGAGCUGAGAUCUAGGCUGGCCAUCAUCCCCCAGGAUCCAUUUUUGUUCAGUGGCUCAAUCCGAGAGAACCUGGACCCCCAGGGAAAACGGACAGAUGCUGAGCUCCACGAGGUGCUAGAGCAGUGCCACCUGCAGGAUGCUGUAACUCAGAUGGGUGGCUUGGACAGCGAGCUGGGAGAGAGGGGAAAGAGUCUGUCCGUGGGACAGAGGCAGCUGGUGUGUCUGGCAAGAGCCCUCCUGACACAGGCCAAGGUGUUGUGCAUCGAUGAGGCCACAGCCAGUGUGGAUCAGAAGACAGACCAGCUGCUGCAGCAGACCAUCCGCCAGCGCUUUGCUGACAAAACUGUUCUGACGAUUGCUCACAGGUUGAACACCAUCUUGGACUCAGACCGUGUGCUGGUGAUGCAAGCUGGGAGAGUGGCAGAGCUGGAUUCACCUACCCACUUAAGCCAGAAAGAUGGCUCCUUGUUCCAGUGCCUCCUGCACAGUGGGCAGCUGUGACCUCCCUCCUGGGCUGAGCCCAGGCAGCCCUCCUGGCUUUGUGCCUGGCUUUCCUCUCACUCAGCCACAAGCCCUGUCCCUGCAGGGCCAGGAGCUGCUGAGGUGAGGAAAGGAAUUAUUCCUGCCUGCAGGUAGCGAUUGUUUGUCCUCGGGGAUGGAGGCAUGGCACUGUGGCCUUUCCUUUAGUAGGGAAGACGGGACUUGGUGUUCAGGGCCAUGCAAGCCUGGCUGGUGGAAUACUGCUCCCCUCCAAGGAUCCCCUUUGAGAUUACAGAGGGAUUUUCUGCUCACUGAAGAAUCAGUGACUCCUAAUCUGAGACUUAGUCUCACAUGCAGUUUAAAAUAAAGUGGAAACAUCCUUGUGAA